CCGACUGCGCCGCGGGCACCACGGGGACCGGCGAGCGGAGGCGCGGGCUGCGGCGGGGAGACCUCGCGGAGAAACUUACCUGGCCCCCAGGUAAAGCUGGCACUAGAACUACUGGUCCGCAAUCCAUUAAGCGAGCAAGACGUAACGGAGGCUUAUGUAUCAGUGACCGAGCGUCUGGUUCGGGCACGAGUGUCCUCAGAUGCCCCCUGGUGAUGCUUCCUGGGGGCAGUAAGAACAGUUACGGUUGUUCAGGCCAUCAAAAGGCCCGUGUCCCGGUUCACGGGAAAACUCUGGCCACCAUCGCCACUGUACGGAGUUCCUACCGUCUCAGGAUCGGGAGUCCUUAGGCCACCAGGGACCGAGGAUGGAGGAGACCCUGUCCGCAGCGCCUGGUGUCAGGACUGGGAGAACAGAGGCCAGCAAAUGAUGACACGUGGACUGCAAGGCCUAAAGGAAGGGUUUCCCAAGCCCUGUUGCAGAGUACAAAACACGGCGGGGGUUCUGUGUCAACGAAGCGUUCAUCGACAUGAGGUCGGAAGGGGCCGGCUUCAGGAGGAUCAUGGGAAGCCACCUUGACCUUCUCUUGGGAGUGGUGCUCCUGGCCAGCCCUGCGCUUGGGAUGUCUCCCUGCUCCUCGGACGGCCGCAUCGCCUUGUAUCGUUUCUGUAACCUCACCCAGGUCCCCCAGGUCCCCAGCACCACUGAGCGCCUCCUGCUAAGCUUCAACUAUAUCCAGAACGUCACAGCCGCGUCCUUCCCCUUCCUGGAGCGGCUGGAGCUGCUGGAGCUUGGGACUCAGUUUACGUCCUUCACCGUUGACCGAGAAGCCUUCAGGAACCUGCCCAAUCUCAGGAUAUUGGACUUGGGCAGAAGUACGAUAGGCUUCUUGCAUCCCGAUGCCUUUCAAGGGCUGCCCCGUCUGUUUGAACUCCGGCUCUUCUACUGUGGUCUCUCCGAUGCUGUGUUAAAAGACGGUUAUUUCAGAAACUUGCCGUCUUUGAAUCGCCUGGACCUGUCCAAGAAUGAGAUCCAUAGCCUCUCCCUUCACCCUUCGUUCCAGGAAUUAAAUUCCUUGAAGUCCAUUGACUUCUCCCUCAACGACAUACCCAUCGUAUGUGAGCCGGACCUCCAGCCCCUCCAAGGGAAAGAAUUCUCCUUUGUCGGGCUUGCUGCCAAUAACCUGUACUUCAGGGUCUCGGUGGACUGGGGGAAGUGCGGGAACCCGUUCAGAAACAUGGCCCUAGACACCCUAGAUGUCUCUAAGAAUGGCUGGACCGCGGACAUCAUCAGAAACUUCACCAGCGCCAUCAACGGCACCCAGAUCCUCUCUUUGGUUCUUGCCCAUCACAUUAUGGGUCCUGGGUUUGGCUUCCAAAACAUCAAAGAUCCUGACCGGCACACCUUCGCGGGCCUGGCCCGAAGUUCACUGCAACGCCUGGACCUUUCCCACGGCUCCAUCUUCUCCCUGGGUUUCCGCCUCUUUGAGGCCCUCCAGGAGUUGAGGGUCCUGAACAUUUCCCACAACAAGAUAAACACGAUUGCACGGGAGGCGUUUUAUGGGCUCGGCAACCUCCAACUUCUCAAUAUGUCCUUUAACCUUCUGGGGGAACUGUACAAUCCCAACUUCUAUGGGCUAUCUAACGUCGCCUAUAUCGAUCUGCAAAAGAAUCACAUUGGGAUCAUUCAGGACGAGACGUUCCGGUCCCUGCAGAGACUGCAGACCCUGGACCUGCGUGAUAACGCGCUGACAACGAUUCACUUCAUCCCAAGCAUCCCUUCCCUCUUCUUGGGUGGCAACAAACUGGCGACGUUGCCAAACACCAGAUUCACAGCCGACUUCGUCCAGUUGUCAGAGAACAGGCUGGAAAGGGUGGAUGAGCUCUACUCCCUUUUCCAGAUCCCUCACCUCCGGGUUCUCCUUUUAAAUCAAAACCGCCUUUCCUUGUGUGCCUCGUCGCCGUCUCCUGGCCUUUCCGGGAACCUCAGCUUAGAGCAGCUUUUCCUCGGAGAAAACAUGCUACAGCUCGCCUGGGAGACCGGGUCCUGCUGGGAUAUCUUCAAGGGCCUGGCCCGCCUCCGAGUCCUCUACUUGAACAACAACUACCUGAAUUUCCUCCCGCCAGGCGUGUUGAGCCAUCUGGUUGCCUUAAGGGUCCUCAGCCUCAACGGCAACAGGCUGACCGCUCUCUCUCCCGGGGACUUGCCCCCUCGCUUAGAGGUGCUGGACGUGUCCAGGAACCAGCUCCUCUUUCCCGACCCCGAGGUCUUCGCAUCCCUCAGUGUCCUGGACGUCACUCACAACAAGUUCAUCUGUGAGUGUGAACUUGGCCCUUUCAUCAGGUGGCUCAAUCACACCAACGUCACCCUACUGGGGGCUCCUGCAGACAUGUCCUGCUCGUACCCCAGCCCCCUGCUCGGCAUGUCCCUCGACUCCCUGACCACGGAGGGCUGCGACGAAGAGGAGAGACUCACGGCCCUCAAGUUCGCCCUUUUCGUCUUGUUCACCGUCACGGUGACGCUGUUGCUCAUGGCCGUCCUCAUCGUCACCAAGUUCCGGGGGGCUUGCUUCCUCUGUUACCAGUCGGUCCGGGGACUUGUGUUCGAGGACCACGCCAAGACCCGAGAGCCGGACACGUACAAGUACGACGCCUACCUGUGCUUCAGUAGCAAAGACUUCGAAUGGGUCCAGAACGCGUUGCUGGCACAGCUGGACGCUCAGUACAGCGCCCAGAACGGGCUCCGCCUGUGCUUCGAAGAACGAGACUUCAUGCCGGGGGAGGACGUCAUCGCCAACAUCCACGACGCCGUGUGGAGCAGCAGGAAGGUCGUCUGUCUUGUGAGCAGACACUUCCUGAGAGACGGGUGGUGCCUGGAGGCCUUCAGCUGCGCCCAGAGCAGGAGCCUGGCGGACCUCGACGGUGCGCUCAUCGUGGUGGUGGUCGGGUCCCUGUCCCAGUACCAGCUCAUGAAGCACGAGUCCCUGCGAGCGUUUGUCCAGAAGCAGCAGUACCUGAGGUGGCCCGAGGACCUCCAGGACGUCGGCUGGUUUCUUCACAAACUCUCCCAGCACAUACUCCAAAAGGAGAAGAAGAAAGACGGCGGCAGAGACGGCGACAUUCUGCUGCAGACGAUAGCCACCCACUCCUAGGCCCAGGACCCUUCGACUGCCUUCGCAGAUCGCCCUUCACCUUGUAUUUGCGCCGCGUCUCCAUGGGGGGUCCUUUUUGAGGUUCCUUUUCCCGACUCUGAAAAAAACAUAAAGCUCUUGAUUUUCAUAGCAACACGAACUGCAAAUGGAAAGGAGCCGAUCUAGAAGCUCCCAGCUGCCCCCAGAAGUCCCCGCGCUCCACCAAUGUCCUGUCGGACUCAGUGAUACCGUUCCCUCCUGUUGCGUCAACUGCAAGGUAUUUCCUGGUCGUGGGAAGGACGCCUUGAGAAGUGACAGCUGACGGACGCCCUUCCUCCAGCGUUCAGUUCCAGGAGGGGCCGGCCAAGGGUUCGGGGCCCUCUGUGCCCUGCGGGACAACGCGAAGUAGAAAAGAAACAGAAGCAGAGGCGCGUUUCCUGCUGCCACCGUGCGAACAGUGCCCUUGCUGGGUCAAGGUCAGGCUCAGCCUCGGGGAGAAGUGGCCCCAAAGAAGCUGGGAUGAGAAUACCUAGAGGUCUUGUGGCCACAGCUCUCUUCCGGUCCUUGCCUUCAGCUCCUCCAGGCAGAACGCGGGCCUUGAACUUCCUGUUGGCAGGGACUGGUAUUCCAGACGGGCCGGAGAGAAUGGAAAGUAAACGUGGAUGGACGCUUGAAAUGAUGAAAUAACUCUCUUUGGAGGAAGGAGAAGACGAAGCCCAGGUGUUAGACGAUCCCCUGGAAGGGACGGGCGCGGGGUCCUCUCGGGCGCCCAGCCCCGGGCGAGUGGGACAAGGCGGCUUUAUUCCUGCAUCUCGGGGACCUGAGCCAACAGGCCGGGAGGUUUGUUUUGAUUCCCAGCUCCGACGCUACCUCCGCGAGGCCUUGCUUUUCUGUCUCCCCUCGCCGCAGUGUGAUACAAGCAAUGACAUCAUGUCUCCUCGGGGCCGGCCCCUCCCGGAAGCAGCUGUUACCGGACCAGCCUGCGGGCCGUGCCAAGCCCUAAGGGGCUUGCAGAAUUAAGUCACGGUGUUGCCGUGUGCUGGUCCGCGUGGAACAAGAGGACCUUUUUGGAGAGGGACCAGGACUCACCAGGGGCCCUUCCGUGGAGGCCGUCGGCUAGCUGUGGAGCAGAGGAGGGAACGCUGGGAUCGAGGCACCGGCUGGUGGAGGUGCCGCCCUCGCCUGGCCCAGGCUGGAGUCCCCCGAUGAGCGGGGGCAGGAGCUCCCCGGCCCGCACCCUCCUCGGGGCGGAGACAUGCUGGCCCCACGUCGGAAGAGCAAGCUGUCGCCGGCCAGCUGGGUGCUGCCGACCUGCUUGGAGGCCCAGGUGCUCCCAGAGGACGCAUCGAUCGGCGUGUUUUCCUUGUCGUGGCGUUGCACGGUUUUUACCGCAGUUUCUUUAUCCGGUUGAGGUUUGCUGCUUCCAGCCCUUUGGGUGGCUGCCAGCUACUAGCGACUACAGACAAAGCGACAGGGUUCUUGUGGACAUGUGUCCAUUCAUCUUGGAGAGAAACAUCCAUCACCUGCCUCCUGCACACCCCCACCCGGGGACGGAGCCUGCAGUGGGGGCAGGUGCCCUGUCAGCCCUCAGAGUCACCCUGCCAGCACCUUGACCUUGGAUGCCAGCCUCUGGACUGUGAGACCUCACGUUCCUGCCAUACAAGGAGCCCUGGCGCCGUGCUGCCGGGGGCGUCGGCUCCCCUGCUCCUUGGAGGGGCCUGGCCGGUGUCCCUGCUGGAGACGCAGCGAAGCGAAGGCCAAGGCCGGCCCGCGGGGAGGCGGCUGAUAAGGAGCAUCGGGUGACAAGGCGCAGCCUGCAGGGCCCAGAGGGGAACCAGACUGCACUGCCCACCCCGUCGUUCCAGCGCCUAAGGCAGAGGCGUCCAGGUUCCUGGCCCUCAGGCC